AUGAUACUAUUGAUACUCUUUCUAUGCAUUCCAUCCGUUUUAACGACAACAAAUAGUUCAUGGGAAAGUGCUCUCAUAAAUGAACUUCGAUAUUCACAUGAGGGAAUAGUGACUGGUCAAAAGGCGACUUUUCGCUUUAAAAUUGUCAAUUCAACUGCUAAACAGGAAUUAGCUAUUGACUCGUAUUGCUUUUCGACAACGUUCAUCGGCGAAGAAUUUCACGAAAAACGAACGGACUUUGAUGAGAUUCCUACGAGUGAAUCUGAAUAUCAUGGCGCAUUAAAAAUGACUGGUUUAGAAGAAGAAGAAGGUAAUUAUCUCGUAUGUGUUAUCUUUCGAAAUAGUUCAGGUCAUGCAAUUAGUUCCAGUCGAUUCUGCCAUGUUAUAUCUGUAAACGACCGAUGCACAUUAGAACCACCCAAAGGAGAAUUUCAUGAUGGGCGAAUUUUUAUUCUACUGCCAUUUGUGGUUUUCAUCUGGCUCGCUGCGUUUCUCUUCUCGUGCAUUCGAGACUACGUGUAUCGACCACGAACAAUCGACGCGAUAUUAAAAAGUUUACCAAAACAUCAUGCCGACAAUCUCGAGCAGCUCGCACCUGAUGCAGAAAAACGACGUCGACGUAGCACACAACCAGCACUGGGCAAACGUCUACGAGAAGAUUCUGUCCUUUCUUUGUCUUGUGAUCCCUCAGACAAGGACUAUUUCAAUUAUCAUGUAACGAAUAAUGGACCCUUACAGACUGUUGCUGAAGCCGACGACGAAGAAAUGCCUUAA